UGUAUCUCGGUGGCCAAAUUCACGCAUUCAUUCCUUCUUCUCUCUUCCUUUCCUCCCACACUCCUCCACUCUCACACCAUUUUCCCUUCCCUGUCACGCCUAACUGCUAUGCCUAUGCUAUUGCUAUUGCUCCUCCAUUGAAUAUAUUCAUUCGCAGCAGGCACUGCCGCCAUUGUUGGUUUCCGAGUUGAACAACUUAUAUAAAAAAAAAAACAAAGAAAAAUGUCGGCAGCAGCUGCUCACUCGGCGGCGUCGAGGAAGCAGGCGGUAUUCAUCACCUCUUUGAUCGUGCUGUGGUACGCCACCAACAUCGGCGUCCUCCUCCUCAACAAAUUCCUCCUAUCCAACUAUGGAUUCGCCUAUCCAAUCUUCCUCACAAUGUGCCACAUGUCUGCCUGCGCCGUCCUCAGCUACGUCUCCAUAAUCUUCCUCAAGAUCGUCCCCGUCCAACGCAUCAAAUCGCGUCACCAAUUCAUUCGGAUCGCCACGCUCAGCAUCGUCUUCUGCGCCUCCGUCGUCGGCGGGAACAUCUCGCUCAGGUAUCUCCCCGUCAGCUUCAACCAAGCUGUCGGUGCCACAACGCCGUUCUUCACGGCGCUGUUCGCAUAUCUUAUGACGCUCAAGAGAGAGGCCUGGGUCACCUAUGGUUGCCUCGUGCCUGUUGUCACUGGAGUCGUCAUUGCCAGUGGGGGUGAGCCGGGGUUCCAUUUGUAUGGAUUUAUCAUGUGCAUUAGUGCGACUGCAGCUCGAGCGUUCAAGUCUGUGUUACAAGGUGUCCUCCUCUCUAAUGAAGGGGAAAGGUUGAACUCCAUGAAUUUGAUGCUCUAUAUGUCGCCCAUUGCUGUUAUUGUUUUGCUCCCUGUAGCCAUUUUCAUGGAACCCAAUGUGUUUGGUGUUGCCAUUUCACUUGGGUUGGAGCACAAGUUUGUGUUGUUUCUUCUUCUGUUAAACUCGGCAAUGGCUUAUGGAGCCAACUUAUGCAAUUUUUUAGUGACAAAGCAUACUAGUGCCCUUACUCUUCAGGUUUUGGGCAACGCAAAGGGCGCUGUGGCUGUGGUUAUAUCAAUUCUAAUAUUCCACAACCCCGUAACCUUCAUGGGCAUUUUUGGUUACACCAUGACUGUUAUGGGAGUUGUUGCAUAUGGAGAAUCCAAGAGAAGAUACAAGUAG